AUGGAUGAAACUUUCUACGUUCAAGAAAUCAAAAAUCUUAUUAGUACUUACAAAGAAUCUUGGCCAAGAUCAUGGCUAGAUGUUUGUGUCAAGACUGAAGAAUAUCUCCAGUGAGUGAAUCACACACAUAGCUUUCUUGAUUUCCACUCAUUCACUUUUAAUCUAUUGUGAGAGUGGCAAAGUGUUUUUACGUGACGCGUGAUUAAGUCCGGAAUUAUUAUGUCACGCGUCAAUUUUACCGAGAGGCAUGCGUGAUUCGUGAAUUUAGCACAAGCACGAAGCGUGAGUUCCCUCCUUUGGAGUACUUAUUGGUUAAGUAACUCCUUUCAUUGCUCUAACUUAACUUUCAAUGAUUAGGAUAGUAUAUUGACCAUAAAGUAAUUGUGAUUAGUCAUUUUACUUUUUACUCAGGAACGUAGACUUACAAUACGAUUGAGUGGAAAGUAAUGUCCUUAAGUAACAACGUUAUGUAACGCAAUACAGUACACCUCUUGAAGCCAAAGUGACCCGUGAAUAUUUUCAUUGCAUUUCGUGAAAACCUCAAGAUUUACCUGAAACUUUGCAUACGAGAAGGUGUGAAGGUUCCCUUCUAAAUUUGUGACAUCUGAAUCCUAAAGUUCGCGCGUGAAACGGGAUCAGGACUCUGUUUUGCUAUUCUCUAUUGCUUUGGGAGUUUGUUUGUGGUCCAAACUGAGAAGAUGUCAAGAAUUCCACAUAACCCAAAUUUUAUUUUGCAUCCCUGAUACAAUUAUUUAAUAAAAGAAAAAAUGGUGAAAACAGUACACAAUGUAGUUUACCUUAAGGGGUCAUGCUUUGUGUUGGUAUAAAAUGUGGUUUAAUGAAAUUGUUUCUUAGAGAAGAUAAUCGUUCUUCCUGAUUUAGGGAACCCACGUUUAAGCAGAAACUGGCAAUCCUAGAUGUGGUGUCAAAACUGGUUUUUGUACAAACACAUAAAGGUGACUUAUCAUCCGAAACCCAAGAACUGCUAAAACCACUCACAAGUAUAUGGUGUGGGAUUUAUUUUUGCUCCCUCAAGAAUCUCAAACUUUGUCAGAAAGUAAAAAAGGUAAAACCAGCAUAUUCGUCUUUUUACAUUUAUUACUUGAUAGUAUCAAUGAUAUUGUAAAAUGUAUUUAAUUUAAAGUGUAUUUGUGGUGUUUCUGUCACCUGCAUGGCCCCUCAAAUGCUUGUGUUGAAAUACAGUUUGAAAAAUCCAUGUAGUAAAAUGCUUAUUCAUUUGGUUAGGUUACUUCAGAUUGGAAAGUAUGUAGCUCUUGCCUAAAAUACACUGUGGCUGUGCGCUAAAUAAUUUUUUAUGUUGUAACUGAGUGGGAGGUCUGGAUGGGAAAAUGUUUCACUCAAAGGUCAUUGGGCAUGGACCCUGUUGUACUCAAUCCAUAUGUGAUGACCAAGAUAAGUCAGUCAAUUAGUAGUUAUCAUGUGGAUAUGGCUCUUUCUUUUCUUCCUUUUCUUCUUUCAGCCCACAUUCUAGGGUUUCUUGUUGCUUUUUCCCAUCCUGCUCAUACCAUCAUGGAUGAACCCCAUACAGUGGAUUUUGGUUUCCAGUCAUGUCAUACCCACAGAAAUUUUGUACUCAGUCAAUUCAUGUUGAAAUUCAGACAGUCUGUACCCAACUUGUGUUGCUUCAGACUGAAGCUGAUGGCUGUUUCUUACCUUUUCCAACAUUCAGUGACGAUAAAAAAGAGUCAAGCGAGUAAGAUGCAAUUAAAGUUCUGCUGUGUAUUCAGUUGUUUCUGACUAUACUUUCAACAGACUUAACAUGGAAAGCAUGACAAAACUGACAGAGUAUGAUAAGUCCUAGCUUGUUACAAAUCCACUGAGUAUAAAACAGGUGUGAGUAGGAAAUGACUGGUAACCAGGAUUUUUGUCCAAUGUUUUUCAAUAACUGUAUGGACGGAGCCUUAUGUCUCAUAUGAUAAAUAUGCGUAUUGACUGAGUUGUAGGCCUGGAUGCAGAAGUAUUUGGCUUGAGGUCAUGAAGUUUGGACUGAGGGAAGCGAGAGUAGUGGGGUCCAUGUGUCAUGACUGAGAGCCAUAUAUUUUCUUGUCCAGCACAAAUUAACUCUGUCAAUCAGUGUUCUAUAAUAAGACCACUGUGUCUUAAAAAUUGUGUUAUUAUAUUUGAACUGAAACAGGUUGUGACCAUUUUACAAUAAAAACAUUUACUUCAUUGUUGUAAAAAAAAGAUGAAACUCUCAAUUAAUUGAGAAUGUAAAAUAUAUCCUUAUUUCCAAUUUAGUUUAAUGCGACAUUUACAAUAAGAAUUCACAUUCACGGAAAAUGAAACUGAGAGGUGCAAGUGAGGGGCUGGACUGCUUUUUCUGGACUGGCUCACAUCAAUGUGUCUGCCUCUACACACUUUAGCUGUAAUUAUGGUUUUCUAAACAUUCGCACAGGUGGUUAGGGCACAUGACAAUGUCAUAUAUUUACAAAACUUUAACGAUGUCAUAGUACAUUACUAAAAAAAUUAUAAUUUCCCUUCCAGACAUUUGAAAUCCUUUGUGAGUUCAAGCACCAUCAUGCAAAAUGUGAGAUCAAAAGAAAUAUCCAGGAGCUUUUAUUGUCUACUAGCAAAAUUGUUUAUCAAAUUGAAGUUGGUAAGAUACAUUUUGUUUGUCUAUGGAUAACAGAUGUGAAUACAUAGUAAUUGACUAUACCAUCAUGUACUUGUACUGUAUAUAAAGUUGUGUUUGAUAGUUCUUAUUUCAAGCAUAUUGUUGUAAUGGAUGUAUGUGGGGAAGGUUUGCGUAUAGGUGAGUUGCUGUAGUCUGCUGGACCUGAGACAGUGUUGGGCUGGCUUGCUGUUCUUUUAGGUCUUUUGUUUAUCCUAUUUAAAUUCUUCAUGAUAGUUUUUCUCAUUACAAUUUCCUUAUGGUGUUUUUGUUACUGGGUCCCUUAGCUUUUAAAGUUAAAAUGUACUGUGUGUAAGGUUAAUACUUACUGUAUGUUUAACUAUAGAUAUUUCAAGCUACAGAAUUGCUCAGCAAUAUAUACAGUUCAUGGUGGAUGCUAUAUUUCUAAAUUAUGGAUGUUUUUUCUUAUACAAUGCAAAACAGUUUGUCAGCUCAUUGAUGCCUCUGCCUUUGGAAGGGAGUGUGUCGAAGAGCUCUUUGAAAACAUUCUUACAACCAUUUCACAAUGCUUAGAUUCCUUUUGUCAACAGGUAAUAAAGAAUGGACUAGUUACUGAGGCACUUGUAGCUUUUUGUAGUGGUAAUGAAUUUUAAGUAAGGCACUGUUUUGUAAAUAAGUGAUGUUUAAUCCUUUCACUCACACAUCUGUCCAUACCCUUACCAAACCUGGUAAUUUUCGAAAUUUUCGAAAAUUUCACCCACAUGCCAUGGUGCUGUCCUCAAGUUUUCCCUGCUUUGCUGAACUUCUUGAAUCUCUAUACAUAACCAAUUUGCUCUGGUGGUGCUUCACUUUCUCAAUCAACAUCCCAUUAACCAUUACAUAAUUACUAAUGUUUGGAACUUCACACCCUGCAUUCCUUGAAAUAAUAUUGUAGUUUGUUCAUUUGAAUGUCAUUUAGCAAGGAUUCUGUCAUGUUUCUCUUCCUAGUUGGCAGAAGAUAGAUAAACAUUCCAGCCCACUUACUUCUGAUCAACCCCAACCCUGGUCUUUUCCUGUAGAGAUUUAGAUUGCCAAUCAUUAUUACAAACUGUUUGUCAAGAUGCCCUUGCAUACAACCAGCAAAGUUCAUCCCUCAUGAUUAGAAAAUAAGUAGUCUUACCAGUAUAAAGUGAAGCACUAAAAGUUGUCUAUUUGCCAUCACCUAUUACCAAGCUCUCCACCUUCAUGUUCUUUGUGCCUCAAGAACACAAGCUGUGUAGGUUGCUCUGCAGCAACCCACAUGGUAUAUCCCAUCCUCUGCUCAUUUGAUAUGAUGCACCUUAGAUUAUCUUAUUGGUUUCUGGUUAAUAAAGAAUACAUGUAGUUUCAGAAACUAAAGAAUAAAAUGACAAUCACUUUUAAUUAUUAAUUUUAUGUUACUUGACAGAAUUGUGUAAAAAAACAAUCCAUCAAUGUGGAAUUGUCAGCUACCUGUAACUCAGGUAUGACAUGUCAAAUCAUUGUUAAGGUGAGUAGCAAUUGAGGGGAUACUUAUCUCUUCAAGUAGACAUUCUACUAAUUGAUUGUAACCAUAAUAUUGAGUAAGGUUGAGAGUGAUAAGAAGAAUUAUCUAGAUCAAGACUUGUGUAAUCUGCCAAAGAUGCAGGCUAAAGUGGAUAACACAAAUUACAUCUAUUGCCCUUGUUUCAGUUCUUACUUUCAUGUAUACAUCUAUCUUCUGGUUUCUACACAUUUCUCUCAAUCCUGCUAAAAACAUGGGUUUCCAUUUCACCGAAAAGGGAAGUUGAGAAAAAAGUUAUGUUUCCUGAAAAACUAAGCAUAGUUGGGAUUUCUCUGUAAGAAUUUUUAUUUCAGUUGAUAUUUAUUUGUGGAACCAUGUCAGUGUGUGAUGUUUGAAAAUGAUGCCAGCAAAAAUUAAGUUGCUUUCCUCUAAUUAAAGUCAGUCAGAAAUUGAGCUUGUGAGACUAAAGUUUAUGUACUAUGUGUGUGUUUAUUGGUGUUAUAGGCUGUUUUGAAGAUGUUCCAAUACUUCCCAAUUAAAACUGGUUCCCUGCUUCAUAGUUACAAGGCUACAUCAAGUGAAGGUAAACAGAACUACAGUAUUGUGUAAAAGUUAUGCAAACUUUUGUAGCACAAAAGGGUCGAAUACGUUACCAUUUACCAAACACAACUCAAUUAAUUUACCAAAACACAAAUCAAUUCACCCAAACAAAAAUCAAUUUACCAAAACUCAACUUAAUUUCUCAAAACAAAAACAAUUUUCCCAAAUAUGAUUCAUAUUCCCAGAAACAAACCAAUUUUGCACAGCACAAACACAAAUCAAAUGACUGGGUGCCAGCACCAUGAAUAUCAGAGAGAGUCUGAAUUUUCCACAGCUAAUGUGUUGGUUCCUUGGUGUUUUUGUCACAGGCUGUGGUGUGUGAUAGGAGGUGAUAUUACAAUUCAAUAUCUGGCCAAUCCUCCUCUGAUCAUAUCCAUGGGUUUCAAUAUGUUUCAGGGUUUUCUCUCUCAAGAAAAAUGUGAAUGUUAUUUUCUGCUUGUCUGAGGCAAUAAAUAAGAAUGAGAGGUAAUUCUUAAGGACACAAUAGAUCUUGCAGCUGUCCUUCAUGAAAAAUAAUGCUACUGCAUGAUGUGGAGUGGUGUUGUCAUGGGAGCUCCAGGAGUGAUAGGAGACAGGAGAUAUGUUUCUUGGAAAACUAUGUUCUCUUUAGAAUCUUUCUCCAUUUACAUUCUAGGUUUUUAUAACAGCAAAGAUCAUAUGGUGCAACUAAAAUGCGUGAUUGAAAUUCAAGAACCAAAUCUCUUGAUAUGUUUUACAAGGCUUGUCACACAUUGGGAGACUGCAGAAUUUAGAUUGACAAAAUGUUUAUGUAAACAACUCUCCCUCAUUUCUAUAUUUUAUUAAAAUUUUUCUUGAAAACAUUGUAGGCAAAUUAAAUAUUGUGCAGAUAAGUGUCUUAGUGUUUGUGUUUUAGUUUGGUAGAAAAUAAACCUAUACUUAAUUAGCAUCUGCUAUCUGUGGGUUUAAGGAAUAUUUUGUUUGUUGAAUAUGAGAAAAUAAGGUGUGAAAGUGGGUGAAAGUGUUUUGUUUAAUUGGUUUGUGUUCUUGGAAAAACGGUUUUUGAGGAAUUAAUUUGUGUUUCAAUAAAUUGAUUUGUGUUUUGGUCAACUGAUUUGUGUUUUGCUAAUUAUUUUUUUGAUUUGUGUUUGGUAAAUUGAUUUGUAUUGGACCCUGUAAGGCCCAUAUAGAAACACCUGUGAAGGAAUUCCAAAAAGUGUCCUAGCUUUUCAAGAAAGUUUGCACAAAGGAAAAUUUUCACAAACUCUCCUUAAUUUUCUACUGCUAUCGGCACUUUAUAAUUCAUGCAAACACAGUAUUUGUGAAGCUAAACUACUCUACAACAAAAGACAUGGAGUUUCCCACUUUGAUCGAGUCUCCAAGUGAAUUGCAACCUCAACAAUCUUGUUAUUUUUUUAUCAUCUCAAUGCAUUUCUUGAUCCAACCAUUUUCUCUCUACAUUUAACUGCAUUCAUGCUAACAAUUUCAAACUAAACAAGAAACUGCUCCUUCUUAAGCAAGGCCUUCAUUGAGCUCCUGCUUAAGCAAGGCCUCCAUUGAGCUAGAAUAUUUAUGAGAACCAUGGCAGCUGAGAUUGGCUGAUACCUGAGAUGUAAAUGAAAUUUGUGCUUUUUGUUUGCAUUACUUUUGAACAAUACCGUAUAGUUAACAAAAAACUCAGAGAGCUAUGCACAACCCACAGAAAUCAUCAGCAGUUCAUUUUACUUGUUUUCUGUCAGCUGUAAUGUAGCAUUAUUACAAUGAUUAUGAUAAUAAAAAGUAUGUAAUUAUACUUAAGUAGAGUUUGUUUUGUCAGGAUUAAAUGUGCACACAUGAAUAUUAUCAUGAAGAGCUGUAUCUUCUUUAGGGGCCAUAAACAUUUGCAUGUAUGUGUUCUUUUUGUACUGUGGUGAAAUAUACAUGUAUCUACCAUGCCACAUUGAGGUUGUAAACAUGAUUGUUUUUACCCAUGAUUACUUUUGAAAAUUCAAAAUGAUUUUAAUGUAAGUUAUUGUGAUUUUGUCACAAUUGAUUGCUGAUGGAAGUUUAAAAAUGUAUUGUUAUGAUGUCAGAAUCUGAAGAAUUACUUUACAUGCACUGUGCUUGUACAGGUUAUGGACAGUUAUAUGUUAUUAGUACUCUCAUUUCAUUACAUUAUUUAUUGCAGAGAAAUCUCUCAUGGAAGUUAUCAUCAGCAGCCUGUGGAUGAUAUUAUUUUGUGAGGUACAUGUACUUGCAUCCUAAUAAGGAUGAAUGUACAGUUGUAUGAGCUAGUCCUAAUACAUAUGUAGUAAUUUAUUGAGUAGUUUAUAAUUGUUUAGGAAUGUACAAAUUUGGUUAACUUUCUGAAUUUCUUAGCUCCUAACUCUCUGUGGUGGGUUGUGAAACUGGAAUGACGUGGCGUUUUGUCUGGGCUAGGUGACUUGUCAGAUACUUUUUGUAAAUUUCAAGCAAAUAUGUUGAGCAUUGGGCUCAAUUUCCAGAUUGGGAAGUCAUGAUGUUAGCAGUCUGACCCUCUAUCCCAGAAGGAUUCCCAACUGCACGUUCACAAGUAACAAUAUAUACUAUGAAAAAUUUUCAAAUACUUGUGAAAUUAUUAAGGUCACAAAAAUUAAAGAACAUAAUUACCAACUAAUGAAGCUGUUAAUUGUUCAACACAUUCUUCUAGUUAGCACCUUAAGGAAUGUUUAGAGAACAGUAGGGAGAAUAUGCAUACAGAAGUUAAGGUGUAACAGGUUAAGCAAUUGGACAGUUUUAACUGGUGACACAAUUUUAAUGAAUUUCAUCAUUUUUACCCUUUUAGCUUUGUUAACUUUUCUUUCUAGUUGGACAAUUUUAAGUAGUUGGACCUCAUUAGCUCAUUUCUGCCUAUUGCACCAUUGUAUGUGGUUAGACCAUUUUAACCAAUUGGGACAUUUUACCCAGUAGGAUCAUUUUAUCUAUGAAGAUCAUUGUAAGGGGUUAGACUAUUUUAGGCCAUUUUUACCAACUGCAUCACUGGACCAGUUGGCCAGUUGGACCGUUUUCCUAGGUUGAGCAUUUUUUACCAGUUGGACCCUUUAAACUAGUUAAAUAAUUUUAUUAGGUUGAAAAAUUUUAAUCAGUCAACCCAUUUUCUUUACUUGGAUCACUUUCACCAGUUGGACCAUUUUUCUAGUUUGACCAUUUUAACCAGCUGGAUCAAUUUUUACUGGUGAGACUAUUAUAAGCAGUUAGACCAUUCAUUUGACCAGCUGGAACUAGUUGGGCCAUUUCUCCCAUUUAGAUUGGACCAUUUUAAUCAGUAGGACCAUUUUAUCUAGUAAAAUCUUUGAAACUAGUUUGACCAUUUUAUCUAGUGUAACCAUUUUUUGCAAUUGAACUAUUUUAUCUAGCAGUUUGACCAUUCCUUCUAGGUAGACCAUGUCUUUAAGUUGGACCGUUUUCUCUAGCUGGACCGUUUGGAGCAGUUAGACCAUUCUAUCUAAUAAGAUAAUUUUAAGCAAUGGACCAUUUUAACCAGUUGUCCCAUUUUGUCUGGCUAGGCCAUUUCUACCAGUUGUACAAUUUUCUCUAGGUAUACCAUUUUAACCAAAUGCAUCAUUUUAACCAGUUGAACCAUUUUAUCUAGUUAGACCAUUUUAACCAAUUGGACCAUUAAGCAAAAUUUUCCCUUUUAACCUUUUAAAAUCCUUUUAAACAUCUAACCUUUUUUACUGGUUGGAUCAUUUUAAGUAAUUAGACCAUUUAGUUAGAUCAGUAGGACCUAGUAAGACCACCUCUGCUAGUUGACCAUUUUACCAGGUGGACCAUUUUAACCAAUUAGACUAUUUUAACCGUUUGGACCAUUUUAUCUAGCCAGACUAUUUCUGCCAAUUGGGACAUUUUAUCUACCAGUAAGACCAUGUUAACAAACUUUACCCUUUGAACCUUUUAAUCCCUUUUAAUCAUAUUAACUUAAGUAGUUGGGCCAUUUAGUUAGACCAGUUUGAGCUACUUAGAACAUUUCUGCUGCGAAUUGGACCAUUUCAUCUAGAGAGACCAGCUAAACCAAUUGGACCAUUUCAUCUAGUUAGACAAUUUUAAGCAGUUUUUAACCUUUUUAACCACUUUAAUCAUUUUAACCUCUUGGACCAUUUUAUAUAGUUACACCCAUUUAAACAAUUUACCCCUUUUCAACCUUUUUACUGGCCGGACCAUUUUCACCAAACUUUUUUAACUGUUUGAAUCUUUUUACUUUUUGGACCAUUUUAUCUGUAUUUUCACUUAUUUGAAAAACGGAUAUGGCAAAAUAUGUUUGGUUAAGGUCUCCUGGAGAUAAAAUCGAGUUUUUAUUUGCUUUCCCCUGUAAAUUAAAAAAGUUAGUGCUGAAACACCAGAUGCGAGGGCCCUACACUCAAGCUAGCAAAAUAUCAUUUGCAUCCAUUUUUUUGGUCUCGUAGUACCAUGGGAACGGGUGAGAGAGCGCAUUACACAGUUUAUUUCUGAUUAAAAUUGAUCAGACAACAGUGACAACAGACCACAAAGUACCUGUGGAAGGGUCUGGUCCAUUAUAUAUAUAUAUAUAUUUUUUUUAAAAGAAUGUAGGAGAGACUAGUGUAUUUCUUGAAAGUUUACUCUAACUCCAUGGAAGGAACAAGAACAAACAAGAGAGCCCUUUAAGUGAGACAUCAGUGGAAAAAAGGAUUGCAAAAGGAAAUGAUUUCCAUUGCUAGAAGUAGUACUGGUAGUACCAGUAGUUUUAAACACAGAAUUAAAGUGGCCAUGAGCCAUUGUUCUCAGGACAUCAGUUCUGACAUAUUAUCUGUGCAUCCUAGUUUUGUUGUUAAGCAAACCUCUUUUAAACAUCCAACUAUAUUUAUGAUUUAUGAUGUUUUGGUUUCUUUUUUGAAAUCCUUCUUUGCACCACUCAGAUUUUCCUCUAAUGAACAACAACUUGCAGUUAUAGUCAGCUUGAUUUACAGUGAGUUCUUCUGGGGGUGUGACUCCUUUAUUAAAAGCACUUUUCUGUCACCGGCAGUACUUAUAAGAUAUGACUGCUUUGUUGAAUAAUUACUUAAACUGGUUAAUGCGAUAAAUCACAUUAAGGACCUUUUUUUAACUGAAAAAUUAAGUUUAUCAUAUGAGGGUAAUAUACUGUAAAAAGUUUUUGAAUACGGUACUAUGCAUGUAGUUCAUUAUGCAAUGAUAUUGGUAGAUUGCAGAAACAGAAGUAGUUUGAUAAAAUAAAUACUGAUAUGUAAAUGUACUGUAAAGUAUAGGGCUACUUGAUGAAAGAGAUGAACGCUUUUUCUUGUCUGACAGGCAAAUUGAGAUUAAAGCACUAACCACAGGCUUCACAAGGCAAUUGACAAGAAAGAAAACUAUCCAAAUUUGUUGCUAAUUAAUAAAAAAGGGUUUGUGUGAUUACAGUCACAUUUACUAAAGUAAGAUGAUGUUAUUAAAAGUGGAAUUAAAGCAACUAGCCCUUCUCUAAAAAGACAAAUAGUUUUUGAUUUAUCAUGCAUAGAUCUGUCAUUACAGACUUGGAGUGUACACCAGAAUGCUACAUAACAUAACAAAAUAAUUUCCAUGUUCCUACUUAAAACAACACUGAAAAUAUUAUACAGUGUUGUGCCAGUUGGGGUAACCAUCUCAAAAUGAAUGAGAAGUGUUUGUUAAUGCAGUUCAUGUUUUAUGCAAGUCCAUAUUCUGCACUCACUGACCAUUUUCCAUGCUUUGAUUUAUUACAUUUUCAAGACCUUGCCGAAGGAAUGUACAUAUUUAUGUGGGACAGCAACUGGCCUAUUCUUAAGCAUAGCUGCUGAUCAGAAUAUCUGUACCAAACAAACUAUUUCACAGUUACUAAUUGCAUCAGGUAGGUACUCUGGUUGUGUAGGCAUAUGUUGAGUGAGGAGGCAGCAUGCAGUUUGUAUGCCAAUGAAACUUGAAUUGGAAAGCACUUGCAGGAACCUGUGUCUACAAGGUCCUGGGUUCUGGUAAAUUUCUUGAAUCCUGAAAAUUCAAGUAUGCUAAGCUUUCAGUCACAAGAAACAUACACCAUAUUGUGUUUGUUGGUAGACUUCUCAUAUUAUUAUAUGAAUCUUUUAUUUUGGCUGCUACAGUGGUGGAUUGAUUCAAUUUAAUUACUGCUACUAAUUUAUAAACAUUAGCAAAGAAAAGCUUAUUUAUAUUAUGUUUAAACUUGAUAUUUGUGGUAAAACAGUUAUCUGAAGCAGAUAGGAAUGAACUUUUUGCGUCUUAUCCUCCACAUCUGUAUGUAUUCUAAUAAAAUUUGAAUUAGAUUCCCAAUGAUUGGUAUGAAAUAUCUGAUGGCAUGAAAAAAUUCCAUCAGUAAACAACUGUCCAAACAUUUUUCUCAUCAAAGACUUGGUACGAGAAUAUUGUUUGGAAACAAUUUUUUUUACAUGAUGUGAUCAUAAUUCACCUGUAUUUGUUUUCUUAGCAUGUUAAGAUUUAAAGUAUUGAAAUAUUUAAUGCACCAGAGAACAGUUGCAAAUUUGAGGAGAGAGCCAAUACAUGUAUUGUACAGUGAUUAUGAAAUUUAGAAGAGCCAUAGGGAAUGGGAGGUUAUAGGCAAGUCCUUAUGUAUACUGUUGGGGCCAAUAUUAUUUUCCAGAACAAUACCAGGUCCAUCAUAGGUACAAUAUACAGCCUUUUAGGUAUGAUUAAGCUAAAUUAAUACUCUAAUUCUUAACAUUGUGGAAAAAAAAUUUUGUAGCCUCUUACAUGCAGAUAAUUAUAGGUAAGUUUUAUGUUACCUUGCUUCUUGGAAAGUCAAACUAGAGGCAUGACAAAGCUAUGAUACAGGGCAUGUCUGAAACUGUAUUAUUUAUACAAGUUGGUAGGAAAUUUAAGCAACACUAACCCCAACCCUGAACCCUGCCUGAACUGGAACCAAAUGAAAUGCUAAACAUCCAAUUGGAUUUCACAUAUGCUUUUUUGAAUAGGGGCAUCUCUUGCAAAGAACCAAGCUGUACACGACCUUCACUCAGUGGUGAUUGGAUGUUUAAAAGUGAAUCUACCAUUACCUGAAUACAGACCCAUCGUGCAGCUAGCCAUUGUAGUGGGAAUCAUUAAAUCACAAAGAGAACAGAUACUGCUUGAGGUGAUGCACUAGAUGGUUGCUAUUUUUUUGUCUAAAAGGAUAUUUGAAUUUUUUUCCUUUCUUUACACAAACUUCUUAUUUGAUAAACAAUUCUUGUUAAUAGUGAUGGUAAUCAUAAAUUUAAGGAAUAAACUACACUUUCGAUUGGUUUACCAACAUAAUAAAUCACCCAGGAUGUUGGGAGAACUUAUUGUGCUUCUGAUAUUGGGUUAUUUUCUCAAUUAUUCAAGUGCAAUCCCUUGUUUCUUAUUUGAGUGGUGAAAAUGUUUUCAAUCUAUCCUAAGCAAAGAUUUGAAUGCUUUUAUUUAUACUUAUAAUAUGGUGAAGAGGCAUAAUGGUGGAAUAACAAUGUAAAUGUAGCUGAGAGGAUGCUGGAGAAAAAGCAAUAUUUUGACAAUUUCAUCAACUUUAUUACUACUGCAGCUAGUGUAAGUUGGAGGGGUCAACUACGAACCGCAUUCUUCCACACUUUUUGGAAGCUUGGCUCAAACUUGAAGGAAAACUUAAAUAUCCGGUUUUCAGUUCAUUCACUGUAAUGUUACAGAAUGUGAUGAACAAUCUGAUAAUGGUGCAUUUUAAUCACAAAUACUUUACUGUUAUAGUAUAGUAUAGUUACAAAUUUGUUUUAAAUACAUUUUGUUGUAUACCACAAGAAGGUCUCAACAAAUUGAAAGUGAUGGCCAAUUUUGUUUCACCUGCAAUCUUCCAACACAUUGAAGAGUGUAUUAGUUAUGAAAAGAAAGUGGAAGGUUUACAGACUCUGUUUGUGAAGCCUGGAAAUGAAAUUUAUGCCCAUCAUAUCCUUGCCACAAGACACCAACAGCCUCAUAAAAGACUAGACAAAACCCCUAAGUUCUAAAGAUGCUCAGCCAGGAUAGUAACUUCCAAAAUGUAACACCUGCACAGUAUUACAAAGUCCCCUUCAAUCUGUCAGAGAUUAUUGGAGAAUAAUACACUUGAAUUAAAAACCAUGUUUGAUUAAGCUUAGACUCUAAAAUCAGCCGUGUGUAGUCCUGAAUCGUAAAAGGUUCCUUCUUCAUCUGUUAACCCAGCAAUUCCACAGACCAUUACUCAUGCUUUGGAACAAGAACCAAAUCCAAACACUUUGGCUGCAAUAGGGACUGAAGGCUCUACUUGCUACUUCUAUGGAAACAAUAAUGAUCCUUGCUUUAAGAGUCUAUCUCAUGAUACAAUUUGCUCAAAAUGUCAUGAGAGAGUUCACUUUGCAAGGGCUUCCUUUGGACAGACUGCCAGUAAAAAAAACUUGUCUGCUGUAAAGUCAUAAGGAACUAAUGAAAUUGAUGGAUUUCAAGUCAAAGCCUUGUUCGAAAAAAGGAGUUGUGAAAGUUUGAUACAUAUAAAUUUCGCAGACAAAGUUUCCCUGACAGUUUAUCCUUUAUCUGGUGUGGUAUCCAUGGCUACUCCUGCAUCCAGCACAGUUAAGGUCAAGGGAACAUGUUUGGGUAAUCUUUCCUAUCAAGGGCACAAGUACAGUGGUUUCAAGCUGUCUUUCCUGCCUGGCCUUUGUGCUUACCUCAUACUGGGUCUCAAUUUCCAGUCUUAGCACUUAAGCUUUGUGUUCCACCCCUGUCUUUCUGUGGUUUUAGGAAACUAAAUGUUGAACCUCCUGAGCCACUAGGAAACAUGUCAGCAGAUUGCUAUUUAAUUACCACCAAGUCUCAAUGAUACAGCCAAGAAGAUUCUGCCUUCAUUGAUGAGGAAGUGAAAAGGCUUUUUUGUGAAUGUAUAAUAGAACCAAGUUGCUCACCAUGGCGAGCUGUGGUAAAUAAGGAAGAAAAUCUCAAAAAGAAUUUCGCAAUUGAUUAUUUGUUGACCAUCAAUAGAUUUACUCUCCCUUGAUGCUUUUCCUUUGAUGAAGAUUAAUGAUAUGGUAAAUGAGAUCGCCCAGUACCAGGUGUUUAGCACCAUUGAUCUCCAAGGAGUUUAUCAUCAAGUGCCACUUAAGGGUGAAGACAUACCUUACACAGCCUUCAAAGCUCAGAACAACUUGUAUCAGUUCACUUGUGUGCCAUUUGGCAUCACUAAUGGUGUGGCUUGUUUCCAGAGAGAGAUGUUGAAGUUUGUUGAAGAGAAUGAUCCUGAGGCAGGUCAUAAACAGUAACAAUGUCAAUAGCUUCAUGCACAUGUAUAUACAUGUCUACAUACUGUAGUCAUCCUUCUUAACCACCCAUUUUGUUUUCCUUGUUACAUGAAAUUUCAUGUCAUUUCAUUUCAUUGAAUUCAUGACUCGAGCGUUUGACAUUUAAGGAUGUAAAUCAUUUUCAGCAAGACAUAGAACCUUUUGUGUUGAUUGUUUUCAGAUAGAAGAUCAAGAGGGUACUACUUUGAUAGAAGGUCUCCUAUUUCAGACAAUAUACAAGCUUUGCAAAGAGAGCAAAUGCUCACCUGUUCAUUAUGUUGCUUUUGAAGGUACAUAACUAAUAUUUCCAAAUGUAGUACAAGAUAGUUGUGAGUUAGCUUCUUUGAUGUAGCAUCUACAAUGUAGAUUAAUCAAUUUCCCUUAGACUGACUCUGAAUAUGACCUUGGUAUGAUAUUUGGUUGAAACAACUAAUUUGCUGAUGAAAAACUUCAAUAGUGGCAAAUGAAAAGAUUCAACAGAUUGCUUGACAUAGUAGUUUGGUAAAGUGCCUUCUGUCAACCCCCUCUUAAACUCUCUAACUGACUAAAAGCCAUUAAAAUUACUGGAAAUAUGUAAAUCGUUAACAGAAAGAAUAUUGUGACCAAGUGGAAAUGAAUAAUACAAACUUGAGGCUUAAACCUUACGGAUAACCUUAAUGUUUUCAAGUUGGUGGAGCAUGUUGUUGAUUUCAUUAUUGUCUUACUUCCUGGUUGUUUCAACUCUGUGGAAGGCAACUGUUUACGGCUUUUGUAAAAGUUUAAAUGGGUUUUUCCUUAACUCUUAUGUUACUUUUUUCUGAAGCUCUGAAAAUUCUGGUGUCUUUUGCAAAGCACAGCAGUUAUCUUUUUUCAUAGUGCAGGUUCCUUGCAAGGUAAAUCUACUGUAAAUAUCCUCUUAUAUUUUGGAAAUAUUUAUCUUUUUAAUUCCUUGCAGCCAUGAAGCAGUGGCUUGUUUCCAUUAAAGCUCUUUUAAAAAAGAAACAACUGUACAAAAGUGUCCACUGGAGGACAAAAUUGGAUUCAGACCAUACUUGUAAUCUCAUUGGUCUUAUCUGGGAGAACUUAGAAGAUUUUGUAAGUUGUAGCUUCCCAAAGUUAAGGUUAACCUGAGAGAAUCUUUAACAGCUUCUUAGAAUGCUGAGUUCUGACUUAAAGAAGUCUAUUGAAAACAUCAGAUCAUAUCUUUACUGUGACUACACCAUAUUUGAAAAGGUGCAUUCUUAAAAUGUUUUCCAUUCACAGUAGUGCAGAAAGCUAACAUUUUCAAUUUGUUCUCAUGAUUGAUUUCCUAAUUACGCAGUUGUAUUGGUCUGAAUUAUAGCUAGUAAUUCUGAAAAGUAAUUCCAGGCCUACCUUUUUGUUUCAUAUUUAAAUUUUAGAUAGAAGGUGUUCCAAGCUUGGCUGUGACAUUGUUUGAUCUAUUUCUCCAAUGGCACAAAGAUGAAGAAAUUGCAAGAAACUCACUGGAUGAGCAAGUAAUUAGGUCUUGACUGGGUGCAAUGAAAAGUAACACAAAAAGCUUACUCUUUGAGGAGUUUUGGAAGUAUUUAGUUUAAUUUCAGGAAUGUAAGCCUUUUAUAUUUGGCAAUUUCUUCUUUUCUGUACCCUUUAAAAAUCUAAAGCUAGCUCUCACUUAGUGGCACUGAUGUAAAAAUGAAUUGAACAAAUUUAAAUUGUUGAGUGUGCUAAAUUUUAAAAUCAUAGAAAUAAGUUGGAAUCAGGGAACUCUGUUUUUGGGAACUUCAGUGGUCUGAGUUUUUGAGACAUCCAGAGGUUAGAGUUUUGCUAGGGUCUAAUGUCUGAGUUAUCAAGGUCUGAGUUUUGGUGACACCUGUCUCAACUGUAUCUAAUGUUAACCCUAGGAUAAAAUAAAGUACAAAAAGUGUUGUAACAUUUUCAAUGAUAAAAUCAAAAUUAUGUUGUUUAUUUUUUUUCAGGUGUAUAGGUCACUAACACUAAAGGUUCUAGGACUUCCCUGGCAUGUGAAGGGAAGAUAUGGAUUGCUCUGCUCCCUUGUCCACCAUGUUGAGCUCCAGAAUGUAAGGUCAUCUAUGCGAACCCUAAAGUAUUGUGGGUGUAAUUUACUGACCACCAAACCAAAACUUUAAUGCUUUUGUGAACAAUUUCAUAGAAAUGAUAGUUAAAAUCUCAAAAAAAUAAAAUAAAAAAAUAAAUGUAUGGUUUUGAGUAAGUGAUUUCAAACUGAAGGUGAUGAAUAACCAAAAUAGAUAAUGCUGCAGGAGAAGUUUUGGCUGCAUGGGCAUCGUUUUCAUAUGUUCUUGCCUUUGAUAUUGUUACUAUCCAUGAUAACAUCACAAAAAGCAACUCUCUUUGACAAUAUUUAUACCAACUACUUUCCACACAGAUAUCAAACAACUGGCUUAAUAUGAAAGAAAUUCUAUUUGUUCUGACUACAUCCCCACAAGCAUACCUGGAUAUAAUUAUGGUAGCUUUAUUUAAAAAAAUUUGGACAUAAUUUUUUUGCUCAAAAAAUCAAAGGAAAUCAAUCAGCUUAGGAUGCCCUGGUUAUUCAGGAGUUCCUUUAAAUCAGUAAAACAUAAAAACUGUAUAUUAAGCAAUAGCUCGGCUCUGUUCCUUCUCCUUAAAAUACAGGAUGGUAUGAAAAAUCUUGGAGAAAAUUAAACCAAUGUUUGGAAAUUGCAAAAAGAUUGUGUUAUGACCAGAUAAGAAACUAAACAAAUCUAUGAGCAACAUGAGAGCUAAAUGGAGGUUGCUCAAUCUUAAUUGAGGACUUCCUCCUUUAAUUGUCACCAAUGUCCUCCUACUAGGGAAGGCUUACACCAAGCAAAAUGCCACUAUUAGCCAAAUUUCCAUGUAUUGUGUAUGUGCUAUGACCUUUUAAAUGUAUGUCAAUCAAAUCCACCUUUGGCUGCCUUGUACCGGUACCUUGUCCCAGCAUGUGUCUGUAAACAACUUACAUUUUGUAAAUUUUAUCACAUAUUCCAGGUGGAAGCCUACAUUGGCAACAGCUAAUGAAAGAGAGCACACUAUAAUAUGCCCAAGAAAGCCUAUGAAAUAUGACCCUUUUCUCUUUACUUGAUGUAUUUGCACUAAUUUGAAGAAUAGACAUGGCAAAAUUGGAGAUAAAUUGGAGUUUGAGUUUUGCUUUGAUCUACACUAACAUGUGUAGUAUGGCAAGAAGGGGUGUCCAAGUGCCCCACCCAACCUGCCUUUUUCAAAAAAUAGUCUUUGUAUGGGUAAGCAUUCCUAUGUAUUCUGCAGUGAUAUUGCUUACAGUGCACCACAUUAUACACUUUCAAGGUUUCUGUGAAGUUGUUCAGAACCCCUUUCUCCUGAUUGAAUGCCUGGCUACUUAUGUACAAACAACCUAACCAUUGAACUAAAAAUUUCCCAUUGCCUUUUUUGAUAGAACUGUUAUUUUAGUUUUGUAAAAUUGUUUGUGUGUUUACUUUGUCUCUAGAUUUUGGAGGCCCAUCCUGCCAUUUUGGAUGACCUGAUUCGCUGCUUGGGAUUCAAUCAGCUAACCUCUGCCUCCACCAGUGCUUUCAAGGCUUUUCUUGAAAAGGGGAGGUACAUGAUGCAAUUUCUAACAUUUUCAACAUAGUCAAAAGAUUAGAUAAUUUGUUUUUAUUGCUUGAGUUGAAAAUGUAAAUGGGUCACCAUAAAGAGUUUCUGAAGCUGAUAUUCAAAGAGUCAGCCUUCAUCAUUCACUCUGACAAAGGGCUGAUGUUUAAAAAAAAUUGUUUAAAAAUAAUGUUAGCCUCAGAAACUUUUAUGUUUGCCAAUUUACAUAAUCAACUCAAUUAACAAUUAAUCAAGCUAUCUUGUAAUACCCCCAAUGACGCAACACUACAGUUUCUCUUGAAAUGUGCGCCUUCAUUCAGAAAAUGAGAAUUCACAAGUAUAUGUAAGUACUUGGUAAAACAAGGCAUCAUUCAAAUUUCCACUGAAGAAAUGUUAAGAUUGGUCUUUAGACCUUUUGUUCCAAGAAAAAAUCUCAGACUUAUAUAGAACCCUGGAGGUUGAGAAAUAUGAAACUUCUUGAGCAAAAUGGUAGUCACUUUGUGAAGUGCUACAGUGUUUUAUAUCAUUAUGUUUAUAGUGGCAAAUCCUUGGAAAAGCCGGUGGCUUUUUACAUGGGACAGUUUCAUUGAUACAGUAUCAUGCUACUUAAUGACCAGUUGCUUAUAACGUUAAUUUCUACAGAAACAGUUCAGGGAGUGAGCAGCUUGCUCAAAAGGUAGAGUUUCUCUUCUCCAUAUGUUAUGCUUGUUGAGUGCAGCACACUAAAACUCUAAAGUAGCCUAGUGGGCAAGUGCAAAAAUUGUUUGGCAAGGAGGUCUUUUUUUCUUUGAGAAGAACCAAUUAUUAGAUAUCUGUUUCAUGAUUGAUAUCUGGAAAGAUAAUUGAGAUGGAUAGGUUAAGAGAUAGGGACAGCACAAGUAAUUCUGGACCCUGCGUUAGAAAUUCUUAUUUCUCAAUAUUGUGGCUGUCUGUUUUUUUUUUGCUUGCUUUUGCCUCAUGCUCAUGUGCAGCUUAAGCAUGUGUGACUUGGAUAAAAGAAAAUAGAAAGGCUUGCUGUAUUCAGAAUCUGGAUGUUGAUCUGAUGUUAGUGAAGUAAGAGCCUUCCAGCCCCAUUUUGAUAAGUUAUGUUGUUGCCUAUAACCUUUCAGCUACAAUUCUAAGCAGAAUGAGGAAAAGACAGUCCCUAGUGUCAAUAAAGAGUAAGAACAGUAAAUUUUCAACUGCUAUAAAUUUGCCUCCUAAAGAACUGAUUCACAAUUUGUUUAAUAAAGAUAAAAUCCAUUCAUGUGAUCAUUUGCAUAGAAGACUUUUUUGCUGCACCUUAAUUGAAAUUUGGUAAAAUUAUUGCAAAUAUAAACUCAAUCGUGUACAUUAUAUUGUGUCAGAAGCAUCCCAAAUUCUGAUUAGUUCCCUGACACUGCUUUAGUCCUUGCAUUGUUCAGUGUCAGUUUGGUGUAAUGGAGAUAUAACCAUUUUUGGUCUGUGGCAUCAUACUUCUUCUUCAGUUAUGUUCUCUGAUAUUUUCCAGGAUGUGUCUGUGUUCAUGCAAAAUUGGGAGAAAAAUUGGAAAGCAAAAUUGUUUUUUGCCUUGAAAAGUAAAAACAGGUUUGUUUAAGUAAGACUGACAUUCCAAUAAUAGUUUUAUUCCCUUUCUUCACUAUGUGUUAUAAAAGGUAAGUAAACUUUUAAAAUUGAUGGACUUGCCACAAUUAUUUUGGUCACAAUUAUUCGUGUUUGAUUGUAAGCAAGCACAAAGCUGGUGAGAAUGAAUUAACAUAUGAAUAAGCCUAGUCAUUGCACAUGUAGAAUUCAACUCAAUGGAUUGAAAUAUGACCCAUUCAGAGAAAUAAUUUUCAUAUGCGUGUUGUUGAAAGGUAUAUAGUAACAAUUAACAUAUGACUCUACUUUACUAAAAUACUUGAGCAGCUGUUGUCAUGUGUAUGUGUGCAAGAUUUAUUUGAUCAGCAGCGAUGUUUCAUUCAAAUGGCAUGUAUCACUCUGAUAUGUGUCUCCCUUUAGGUGUUUUCAUCAAUAUAAGCUGAGACUUUGUAUUCUUUACUGUGUCAACAGAUUGCUGCAGAAGAAUGCAUGCUUGUAUUGGCUGCCAUGUGUACUCAAGUUGUUUCCUGAAUAUGUAGCCUCACUGCUAAAGGAACUUAGAGAUGCAUGUCAUAAAGCUGAGAACAGGACGACAGUUUUCCUGGGUUUUCUUUCAGUGUUGAAAGUUGGUCGUUCAUUAGCUCUUUUACAAGUAGAGGACAUAGUGAGUGAUAGAAUGUUACAUCUAGAACAGUCCCUUUUACUGUUGGAGUAUAUUGAAUGUGAUGCAUGCUUUCAACUUUGGCAAACUUAAUCUCUAUUUCUAAGAGAGUUUUUUAUUUUCACUAUUUAUGUUCUUAUUUAUGAAUGUUCCACAUUUUUAUUAUUGCCUGGAAAAAUAAGUACAUUGUUGCCUCAGGGGUUCAUUGAUUUGAUUUCUUGUGUACAUGGUUUUUUUUCUUCACCAAUCCUCUUAACAAAUGAAUUGACAUGCUUACUUGGUUUUUAGUGAAGAACUUGUAUAAACAUUAUGAGAAUGACACAAAUUCCUGGUUGCUUUUUUUUUUUUUAAACAAGAUUGAUUUUUACCCUCUACAUCAAUACACUCUUGCCCAAGCCCAACAACACAGAUUGGCCACCAUUUGGCAGAUUUUCUCUCUGAAGCUUUUUAUAAGAAUUAUAACUGCUUUUGGAACAGAAUAAGACAAACAGGGCUUGAUGACAUUGUGAGCAAAAUACUUUUACCUGCACCGGUUACUUGCAAAAAUGAAUUUUUGGAUGAUUUGAGAUAUGCAAAGAGUGGACAAAGUCUCAUUUGAUGGCUCUAAAAUAGGUUUUAGUAAGAUUGGCCGUACUUGAUUUCCAAUUAGAGCCUGCUAUUGUAUCCCCAGUUUUUAGGGAAUAGGCUUUGAUUCUAGUGCAUCUCAAAGAUACUUCAAUGUUCUAGAGCUGUAACCAGCAACUUGGUCACAAUUAGCUUUUGACAUCAUCCACAUGUAACAUAGUGUCUUGGAAAUAAGAUAGCAGUGAUGGAAAGUUUUGUUCAUAUAUUUUCUUUCUCCAUUUUUAAACUUCCUUGACAUGCCUCAGUUAGCGCACUGUAUGGAAGGGACUUUCCUCCUUGCACACUAUUAACCUUGUCCCAUGUUGUAAGAAGUGAUCCGUUAAAAUUGGUAGAAUGAGUUAUUGAUUGACUGUUUUUGGUUUCGUCAGGAAGAGAAUUCUCUUAAUGAGGGUCUGAGUCACUUACAAAACGACGUUAAAGCUACUGCACUGUCCGUGAUCAGUUUCACACCAAAGACAGCAGGUACGUGUGAGAUACACCUCAAACAUAUCAGGCAAUGUAGUUUCUCUGAUAAUCCUUGAUCACAUUAGAUGCAGCUUAUACCAGAAACAACGUGAACAGUCAAGGAAUUCUUCUGCCGAACAGCUUUUUAUUGAUUGUUUUUCUUUUAUUGUAAAGUAGUGACACGUUUAUGGAAAGGUGUUAUUUGAUUAAUAUAAAGGUGUUAAAUAGACUCAAUUUCCACUGCUUUAUUAGGUGCGGACUUUAUCCCUUUAAGCCUUUGAUGUAGGAUCUCAGGCUGGUCGUAAUCAAACUAGACACCAGCCCACUGAAACAACUUACUUGAGUUGACUGCCUGUGGGUCAUGUAGAUGACCUUAUCAUUCUCUUACUGAGGCUGCUUGUUUCUCGUGGAUGGGAGAUAAAGGCUUAAAAUUGUCUUUGAGUGAUUAGUUAACAAUUACGGACGAAAAUGGGGGUGAAUAGUGGUGGAUAUUUGCCUGACCACUUUCACCAACACUGAGGUAAAUUAUUGGUUUAGUUCAUACCACACAGAAACUAAAUUUUUAUCUGUCAAUAUACGCAAAAUGGUCGGAAAUUUAAUUCUCAACGAGCAAUUUUGUAGAAGUGAAAUAGUACUUUCUGUUCACUUCUGAGCCAGCCAAUCAGCGCGUGAAAAGCACUAUUCACUUGUAUGGUAUAUUUUAUUCUUGUUGUGCGUGGACUUAUUUGAAAAGUUUUUCUUCUUACUACCCUCUUCCUAAGUCAGUUGUUGUUUGAUUUCACAUGUAGAGCCCCUUUCAACAAUGGAACAAAGGCUUCUAAAGGAUUUUCUUCCUAAUAAUUUGAAUAUAGCGUGUGCUCCAUUCAGGCAAACACUUUUCGUGUCUAUGAAGAAAGUACUUGGAAGAGUUAGGGAUAGUUGGUCAGUAUUGUUUUAUGAUUCAAAUUUUCAAAAAAUUUACCGUAAUUUGAAUUUUAGAGCAUAAGGUCAAUUGCUUAUGUUUAAUCCUGGUUAUUUGUGACUGCAGCUUGAUCUUGUUGAAGGACCAUCAUCAGGAAGACAUGGACUCUCUUCUACCUCAGACAGUUGAUGAAAUGUUAAGUAAGUGCUGGUGGCAUGUUACAUAUAACAACAAGUUUAUUGGAUUUUUCCUAGUUUUUUAUUUGAAACAAGAAAGCCAGAUAUUGAAGCCUCUGAUGUAAGAUUCAUCAUAUGUUUCAAAUUCAGUGGGAAUAAGGUCAGUAGUUUUCUUCAGUUUCGGUAUUCUAGGGGAAGUAAACUUUUUUUUUGAAUGAAGGGUGCGAUAUUUAUGUUUGAGAGUGUGGCAGAUUGUAACUGGGAAUUAUUGGAUGAGAUUGAGCAAGACCGCGUAAAAUACCAAUGUAGAGGUUCGUGUCAAUCAGAAUCUUGUUGGCUGAUCAGAACUGAUACAGUGAUACCAAUGUUUACUAGAUUAUGUAUAUCUUCUUCACUUAUGUUGUUAUACACCUUGUAUCUACCUCUACCAAGGGUAGCGUUUAUGAAAUAUCACUUCAAUGAAAUCGUUAACCAAUACUGAUUGUAUCUUAUACAUAAUGAUGCAUGUACAGUCAUGUUAUGAAAAUCGAAAUUUUUAUAAAAAUUUUUAUCCGAUUUGAAUCCACGUUUUGCUAUAGCUUCAUGAACAGUGUAUGUGAUCACAACAUCUGUUCUGUUCUGUUGCAGAGUUUGUAGAUUGGUUAUUUCAGCUUGCAAUGGGAUGCUUCUUUCCAGGAGCUUCGUACCAGAGACAGAAGACUGGUAAGCAGCUUGUUGUAUGUAAUUGUGGUGUAAUGAAGGCUCAACAAAAAUUUCUUGUGUUUUCCUUGGGAAAAUAGCAGUUUGGCACAUCCUGAAUAUUUCGGGAGGGAAGUAAGGGAAACUAUGGAUGAAGCCGCUGUUUUAAUUUUUUGUCGAUGUUUAAUUGUUAUUAAAGUAAUGUUAAGGAGCGCUCUCUCCCCCGAUCACACCUUCAAUAUUCGUACAUUUUUUUAGCGAGAAACAGUUAAAAAAACUUUAGGACUAACGCGUUUGUUUUUGUCGUAAUUCUGUCAGUUAUCCUCAUUUUGAUAUAUACACUUUUUAACACUUGAAGCAAUGCAACUUUUGGUGGCCAUUUUCGAUGUCUUCUCACUGAAAUUGCAGCCAGACAAGAAAAAGGGUCAAGUGCCAGGUACAUGUCUUUUUUCAAACAACUCUGAACAAAUCUUACACCUUACAUUUUAACUCCGAGCUACAGUACUCAUGUGUGCGUGAUCGUCAAGUAAGUACAUGAAUUGGUCAUCGAUAAUAACAGACUUAUUAAGCGAAUGGGUGCGCAUUACUUGUCACAUGACAAGGAUGGCGGGUCUUAUGCCGAUGUUAAAGGGUUUCCUGUUGAAAUAGUUCGUCUAGAAUUAUCGUGCAAAUUAGUUUUUUUUUCAUUGAAAAAGAUUCGAUUCAAAGAAUUGAGUUGCGAAACUGUACUGAUUGUACAUUUUAAGUACCAGUGUGCUGUAUAAUUGAAUAGAUACUGCAUUUUGCAUAUUUUCCUUCAGCUUCAUGUCACUUGCUUGUUUCCUUGGCCAAUCGUCAUGGAUACUUUCAGUUUUUCUCCAUCAGGUGAGAUCCAGAGGCCUUGCUUGCUCAUGAUGAAAUGUUUGAAAUUCUGAGUAAAUUUUUACAGAGGCACAAUUUCCAUUGUCAUCAUGUAGCAGCUUUCAUGAUCAUUGAAAUGAUAAUAAUAAUAAUAAUAAUAAUAAUGGUUUAUUGACAGAUCCACCAGGUGGCUCUUCCCUGUUAAAAUAUUAAAUUAAAUAAUAAUAAAAAAAAUCAAAUUAAGUUAUUUCACAAAUUACGCAAUAUGCAAUUAAAAGUAGAAGUAGGAUUAACAGAAUAGAAAUUACAGUAAAACUAACUAAUCACUCUGUACUCUAUUACAUAAAAAAUUCCUUGAAAGUCUUAAAAAGGUUCUAUAAUCUUUACAGUUUCUAAUAGAUUCUGGUAAAUUGUUAAAUAGCUUCGACGCGUUAUCUUAGAAAGUGCUGUUUUCGGUUAAUUGAAUUGCUUGAGUGCAGUUCCUUGCGGCAUUCCUGUUUUAUUAUUUUAAGAUAAUCUGGCCAAGUCUCAGUGUUGUGCAGAGCUUUAAAGCAUGAUUUCAGGAGGUUCAAAUCUCUUCUCUCAUUGAUUGGAAGCCAUCCGAUUUUAAGUACAUCCCGAAAGUUCUUGACAUAGUGACCGAGUACAAAACUUGCGGCACCAAAUUGAACUCGUCGCAAACGGCGAAGUAAGAAUUGUGGUAAAGGGUAAAAAACCAGAUCGGCGUAGUCUAGUUUUGACAAAAUCAAUGUUUCUACCAGUUGCUUUCUAAGCUCAUAUUUGGCAAGGUAUUUCAAUUUUCUCAGUAUCAAUAGAGUGACGUAGCAUCCAGAUACCGUGUGCUUGAUGUGAUCAUCCCACUUAAGAUGCUCAUUGAUGUGAACUCCAAGCAGUUUGCAAGAUUUAAUACGUUCUAGUUUAUAACCACUGACUACGAUGUUAGGAUCAUACUCGUCAGGGUGAUGUACUCUGGACAUUUGCGGGGUGGAUAGGAUCAUAACCUUGGUUUUGUCGAUGUUAAAGGCGAGGGUACUCUGCUUAGACCAGGCACUUAAUUUAUUAAUUGAUUUAGAGAUAGUGUUUCUACAGUUAUUUAGGUCAGAUAUUUUAGCAUGAUCGUAGGUUGUUGUAUCGUCCGCAUAUUGGAAGCUUUUGACAUUUACGUUCUCCUGAAGAUCAGCAACAUAAAUAUUGAAUAGCACCGGACCCAAGAUGGAGCCUUGCGGAACCCCAAAAUUCACGUUUUUAACCUCUGAGCACGUGUCAUCAAUCUGUAUAAAUUGUUUACGAUGCGUAAUAUAAUUGAGUGUCCAUAUCAGGAAGUCUCUAGGGAAACCUAGUUUACUCAUCUUGGUGAUAAGAUUUGUGAAACAGAUCGUAUCGAAUGCUUUGGAAAAGUCGGCUAAGAUCAUCAUAGUUACCUCCGAACGUUUCAUGGCUUUUACUAUGUCGUCUCGUAUAGCUUGAAGUAGAGUAGUAGUCGAUUGUCCCUUUCGAUAGGCAGAAAUGUUAUUGUUGAGAACAUUGUUCUUAUCAAUAAAAACAGACAGCUGACGGAAAAUCAGUCGUUCAUAAACCUUUGAAAGUACUGGUAAUAUUGAUAUAGGUCGUAAGUCCUUCUCGGAUUUUAUUUGGCUCCCUUUAAGAAUCGCGCAGAUGCGCGCGAGCUUCCAAGCAGAUAGAAAGUACAAGUUCUUGAUACAGGUGUUGAUGACAUCAGUAAGCGGAGACCCCAGAUAAUCUGCAACCAUUUUGAUCAUGUUUGCAGGGAUGUUAUCAAGACCAGUUGAACAGUCUGUUCGAAUGUUGCGUAACUCAUGAAUGACCUCUUUAAGAGUAACGGUCCUGAUUUGAAAACCAUUAUCAAAGUUUGCAGGGAGUGAUUGAAUCAAGUUUAUAAUUGAGGCGUAAUCAUCAACAUGGUGGGCGUUGAUGCCAAUGGUGCGUUCGGCCGUGGAUGCAAAGAAAUUGUUAAGCUUGUCCGGUUGCAUAGUUAUUCGCUGCGGGCUCGGGUGUAGGAUACGGUGAAUUUCUUUCCAAACUUCUUUUGGUUUCUUAGAUGACCACAUUCUUUCCAUGAAGUUUCUCUUGGUUGACUUAAUCAAUUCCUUAAGGCGAUUACGGGCCGCACGGAACUUUUCCCAAAUUUCUUUGUUGUUGUUACUCGUUCUUGCUGCAGAUCGUAGGCGGUCUCUUUUUUCCUUGAGUUCUGCAAUGGCUGGAUCUUUAAGCCACGGUGCAGGUGGUCGAGUGACCUUCGUUAAUUUUAAUGGUGCAUGCCUAUCGAUACAUUCCUUGAUCAAUGAACUUAAUAUUUCGAGCUUUUCAUCCGGAUCGGAGACUCCAAAGGAGGCUGCAAAUGGUAGUGUUUUAAAGUCUUCAAUAAAGGAAGAUUCAUCAAAGUUAGGUUAGGUUAGCAUUCUUUCCGAGCGAUGCAUUGUUCCUAAAAGAAGCUUGCUAUGUUUAUUUCUGCCUGGAAAUUCAAGCCACAGAUGUUCAAGGUCGAGUUCUUAAGCCUCGAUGUCACUUCUACGUUUAUAGGUCUUUGACCUAUAAACGUAGAAGUGUACUAUGACCUCCCGCCAUAUUAAUUUCAGCUUAGCAUUUCGAGACGUCUGUUUUUAGUAACGAAUCAAAAUGAUCCGGAACAACCAUAUGAUAAAGUAGUAGUUUAAUUUUGUGAAAAUAUAUAUGGAUCAUACAUAGCAACUAAGGCUUUAUCUAGACGCUGACAAGGAUAAGCUGCUCUCGUGACGGGUGGUGCUUUCAACUUGUACUGAGUAUAACUUUUCACUCACAAAAUAGAACAUAGGGUAAGUAUUUAGGAUUACGCUAAAUCACAAAGCAAACCGUUUGGAGAAUUAUCAGGAAUUUUGUAAACCAGCUCUUAGUCGAUGUGUAAUGAAGCAGCACCGUCUGCUCCCAGAUUUUGGAUAGAAUUGCAGAAGGCUUAUUUCAGAGUCCUUCAACUUGGAUUUGAAUGAUCAAAUGUGACCUGUUUUCAUUUCGUGAUUUAUGGGCACGUGUGAUGUUAUGAAAGAUAUAUAAUUGCACAUGCCUCAGGCAAUUAUGAUUUGAAAACUUUUCUAAACAUCACGAGUGACCACAACUCACGAAAUACACGAGCAGUUCAAGCGACUUUUAUUUGCCAUGUUCUCAUCAAAGUCAGUUUUCCACGCUUACUCUGUUUUGAUAAUUUUGCGCUGAAAUUGUGACCGAAAAACCAAGCUUGUUUUUUUUCGGUGGGGAUCCACAUGUUUGAUUUAUCUCUGGGAGCGUAAAUUGCUAGAGAAUGAAAUUCGGAAAUUCGUAUUGCACUCGAUAUCUUUUUAUUAACAAACAUUGACCGAUCGGGGUAUUUUGUUUAAAGUAUAAUAAUAGCGAAGGUAAAGCAGGUUACUUCAUAUUCUUAUUCCAAGAACAGUUUGGCAAUUUUGUUUACGUACAUUUUUUCCCUACGCUAAAAUUUCCUUAUUAUCAUAGUUUAUUUAUUAUUUAUCUUUUAAGUUAUUUUUUCAUUUAUCUCCUCAGGAGUGCUGUAAUAUUGUUGGGAUGUGUGGAAAGCUGCUACGCUGAUGUACGUGCUGAAGUUGCUUACUCAUUGGUUAAUUUUGUACGUUACAUUUUUCUAAAUUUUGAGAAAUUGUAGAUUUCACACUUUAAACGAUCUUUGGUUGUAGAUUCGUGAUGCAGCUGUGAUUAUUCUCCAAGAACACUUUUCGUGGCCUUUAAAGGUUUUAGAGAAUGAUUCCACUGGUAUAGCAUCGGCACACAUGCUGGUACAAAAGGCUGUGGUUCUCGCCAAAAGCCCAAAAGUUCAGGAUUGUGAGAAAGGAGCUGUUCUGUUCCAGUUAAUCCAUAGCAGGUAUUUAGUAAUAGUUUUCACAUUAUAAAGUUGGUCUCGGGAGCAUUCCUUGAGUCUGUAGACGACCUUCAAGCUGGAGCUGUACAAGGACCGAUCGUCGUUCCUCUGAGAUCGAACUUGCAAAAUAAACCUUACUUUUUUGCAUGUAACCUACAGGAACUGAAAUUUUGAAAAGCUCAGUUAAGAGCGAUAACAGCACCUUAUAACUUUCCACUGAUUUCUGAUGAUCAACAAUCAUGGGAUGAACUUACUUUGUCAUCGGAGUAAGGUUUUCGCUUCGAAUGAAGUAAAAAGUGCAGUAGUUAUGGAACUCUAGUGUUGCACGAGUCGGAAUAAUCUAACCAUGAAAUGAAGGGACUGUAUUCCUGUGUAUCUCCUGUAUUCUACGUCGAUCUCGUUGCAGGUUUUGUAACGGGGUGGAAUGUGAGGACAUCUUAACCUGUUUCAGUUGUUCAGUCAUUAAUCGAGGCGCGUUUGAAGUGCAAACUGAAAAAAGAAGGAAGUCGUGGAAAAAGUUGUGACCCUAACCAAACAUCCCUUCUUUUCCCAGUCUGCGCCAUGAUCGUGCCCUUUGGCCGACUGAUCGUCUUCGAAAGGGUUUAGAGACCCUGGGAACAAAGUUGGAAAAUGGGCCACAAUUUGUUCUGGUUUUUUCGGUCAGACAUUGAUGUAGAGGUUUCACAAGAACGGAAGCCAAUUUGUGUUGAUGAUUGAGAAAAGCUCGGGUUAUUUGGAAGUACCGGUGCCAAUUAUGUUAAGGAUAAAACAAUUUUUGAAAUGAAAGAGGGAUAGGCAUAGUCAAGGUUGAAGGCAACCUGUGGUCCAAACCUACAGAGGUACAUGCCUUCAGCCAGGAGCCCUCAGGUCCACAGGUUCGCACUUCUCUUUCCCGGGGCUGUUUCGGCGGAUGGCGGCAUAAAAGCCAUUCCCAGGUUUAAAGUAGUUAAUGAUGGUUGAGGAAAAAACUUUGGGAACUAUCACUUUUUCUACGCGACUGAUAGAUAACAACAAGCUUGCGUAGAUUUUUAUACAUACCGUAGUUUUAAUUUUUGCGCAUUUUCUCGAUUGAAUUGGUGAGAGAAAUCUAUAGAGCAUUCAGAAACCAUUUCACUAACAUCGUAAAAAGAACAUCUUCGUCUCCAAAAUAAAACGAAUCCAGUUUUUUUUCAAGAGCUUGAAGGUGAAUUGUAACUGGGCUAACCACCUCUGAGUUAGCCAAUCAAAAUUCGCGCACUUUUCACCUGCGUGGUAUGUACCAGUGUAUAGUACCAUAUUUAUUUUUCUUUCAGGUAUGUUUCAGUGUUAGGGUGGGAAUUCAGUUUUUCAACACAAGAAAUUAAAACUCCUACGUUGGGCAAGUUACCUAGCAGUGAGACGACCAUUCACAUGUUACAAGAAGUGUUGGCUGAACUUAAAGUGCAUUUUGAAGCUGCUCGAAAGAAUCUGAAACUUGCAUCGCAAGAUGAGCCAGGCCAUGGUAGGUUUAGUUUUCUAAAAAGUGCGUGAUAAAGCGCUAUGGUGAAAACCAAAAUUAUCAUCAUUCGUGUUUUUCGUCUCGUCACAAGCGUGGAACGUAGAAAAAAAUUCCGUAUCUCUAUGAGAAAUCGAACCCCUGAGCUGCUGAUCCGGUGGCCUGAUACUCUGACGCAGAGCCGCAUAUAACACUAUGGUGAGUUGGGCCAUUAGAAUAAGAAAGGUAAUAAAUCCUGACCUCGAUAUUGGGAUUAAAACAGUUUCUUCCCCUCGUCAUGAGUGUUGGUCAAAUAUAACAGAAAUAAAUUUCCGUUAGAAAUCCUUUAAAUGUUUUAAUGUUUGAUCAAAUAAAGUUUUGUUGAUUCCUUGACAAUUACCCUAAGCGAAAGAAACCUCUUUGAUCAACAAAUAUUUCUAAUUUUAGUCAAAAUAUUCUUAUUGUUGCAGGUAUUUCUCUAGCUUUGGCACAUUGCAUUCAAGAAUUAAGCUUAGGUGUUAUCAGUAAAGAUAAUCAGAUUGAGCUUCAGACUGUCAUACAACACACCGUUGAUAUUGCUACUAACAUCAUAAUCUACAUGUUGGACUUGCUUUCUGGAGGCCACAAUACUGAUACAAGUACGACACCUCUGUAGCGCAUUGUUAGUUGCAAUUUAAAUUUUGUGAGUCCUAAAUGGAUGUCAGAGACAUUAUUAUUAUUAUUAAUCAUUAUUAUUAUUAUUAUUAUUGUUAUUACUAUUAUCUACAGUAGAGACACAUUGUGAGGGUAACAUGAAAAUUACCAAAAAUCAAAAUAUGGUAUUUUUUUGAAAAUAGAUCUUUUACCAGAAGUUUAUGAUUAUAGCUUACAAAAGAGAGAAUACAGACGGGUAGGACAAACGACGGAGCAGGUCGAAAACUAGUUUUUAUCAAUGCCAAUCACUCGUCACUAGAUCUUUUCAUUUUAACCGUGCGAUUCUUACCACCUAUCACUCCUCGUCGAGAUUUUCCUUUAUAUUGCAAACUUGGGGCCGGAAUGCUUUCGAAGUAACCUUUAUUUCUUGUGCUCCAAUUUUGGUGUUCAUUUGUUUAUUGGACAUUUUGCUACCUGAAAUGUUUUUUUGUUCAUCCGUCAGUUGGUGGAGCGUCGUUUGCCGAUAUCGGCGAAGCCUUGGAUGAAAUAGUCUCUUUGUCAAUGACUCACGAUGACGAGGGAAUAAAAGAAAUAUUUCCUGUUCACACCCACAAAGAUAUGGUGAUUUCUUGUUGCUGGCUUAAUAUUAAGGUAUUUCAUUCACUUAUACGACUCUGUUGUGUUUAACGUAUUAACAUAUGCUUGUAUGGUGUUCAAGAUUUUCCCUUUUUCACUUUAUGGAUUGAUAUCAAUGCGAUUCAUACCCGUUCUUAAUGAGGCAUCUUCGAAGAAUCACUAAACUUUUACAGGAGAUAGCACGUUCAUCCCAGUCUCAUUUGUUUCAACAGUGUGCAUGUCAUUUGCUAGCAGUCAUAUUUGAAAAGACUACCACCCAACUCAAGCAUUUACCAGCAAUUCAGUUACUUCGCGAAGAAACUUUGAGGAAAGUCGCCGAGACAAUUUGGAAAGUUAUCAUGCAGUGUAGGCACCAGGUAUGUUUACUAUUAUUCCGCUAGCCCUUUAAGUCCUCUUUCGGUUUUGACUAUAAUCCAUCGUCAUCUGUUGUGGUGUCGCAAGUUCCAUCUCUACUAUAUUUCUGUGAAAUUCAGAGACCAGUUCACACCCGUAGUAUUUUGAUUAUUUCAUUGUGCACAGAAGAAGCAAUUUACCCACGAUGUAACCAAGCUAUCAGCAAUGACGCCCGCAAGUGUUAAGUUUGCGUGCUUCCCCUGAUUUUGAUUGGCUUAUGAUUUUUAGAGUUCCACAAAGACAAAAUGGCGGCAAACAAUGAGCUGAACGUGUUACACGAAUUUGAUAAUAUAUGCACCGUUCUCGCACAGUCACCUUAUUCCUUAAUGUUUCCACGAAGGCUCGCUUAUCCUUACCGUUUUGUUCUUAUAGGGUGUUGUUCAGCACUGUAGGAGCAGUUUUUUGAAGAUUUGCCGGUGUUUAUUUCAAUCAUCACUACCAUGUCUUCACUCUGUACCAAGGAAGUGGCUGGAUGACAUGUUGAACACAGUGUCUUUAUCAAGCUCUCAAACCUCUAUCACCAGACGCAGGUAACCGAAACCUAUCAGCCACUGAUUUGCAACGAACCCACGUAUUAAAAAGGCUUGGUUUUCAUUACAAUGUUAGCACCAGCAUAAGUAUAUUGGCUAGACGUGCACAGACGAUCGUAAGCACGUGCGCAUGCACAGUUAGAUAAUGUAUCCUUAUUUUUAUGCAUGUGCUUAUAGCAGCGCGAUCUUACUGGACAUAAGCACGAGCAUAAAAUGUUUGUUCUGCUUGUACUAACGCCUGCGUUCGGCUCGUCCUGGGUUCUGUUUUUGCUUUUUGAAUACUUCAUUUUUUUUUUGCUUGAUUAUCAAACAAAAAUGUAAAUUGAUCUUUCAGUGCAGGACUACCUGUGCUGUUUUCCAGUAUUUUGGCAUGUGCACCAAGUUCAAGUCAAAGAUUGCUGUUGAAGCAGUGCAUGAAGUGUCUACUGGACAUUGUAUCGCUACCUAUUCCUGAUGUCACAGACCAACACCUCGACCUGCCACAGGUAUUGAGGGGAAAUUUGUUUAAUUCAAGCAAGGAGAAAUUGACAGAACUGCACUGUAUAUUUCGGUAACAACUUUGAUAUUAAUUAAUGUUGCCUUUGAAAAGCUUCAACCCCACAAAUAAAACUAAAUACUCUGACUCUCUCUGCUGUGGCAUUCAGGUUAAUUUCUAUGCUUUAAGUAUCAUCAUCAUCAUAAUUGCUUUUUAUAGCAUUAGUAUAAGUAUUUUUAUUAUUAUCGUUAUCUACAUUAUUAUCAUAAAUACGAUCAUUUUUAUCUUAAGUAUUAUUAUUAUUAUUAUCAUCAUUGUCGUUGUUACUAUUUUCAUUCAAUAAUAUCGUUAUUAAGAAUGGUGACGACCAGAUAUAUCUCAGUCAUAAGUUUUGCUUCACAUCCUGACCUCCGGAUACCUCCCAGCCUUCAAAUGUAUUUUUAUGCAUAAACUGGAAUCAGCGUUGAUUUCUCAACAAUUUUUUGCAAUCGAUGAUGGUAGGUACAUGCAAUCAACAUUUUGAAGCUACUUUACCAAGAUACGUCUCUUGGUUGUGAAAUUCUGCAGUACGCCUCACAGGGAACGAUAAUGGCCAUAGGUGGAUUUGCAUCUUCAUCAUGGGCGGUUAGGAAUGCUUCCAUGCAACUGUUCGGUGAGAGACCUCUAUAGUUGAGCAUUUUAACUUGUGUUUCUUUUCAGAUCUCACAUCCGUUUUAUGCCUUCUUGUGGAUGAAGCAAUAGUAGCCCUAAGCAUAUAAAUGAAAUUCGAUUUUCUUAAUUAGUCAAAUACAUUUGUCCUAUGGUUACCUUUCCAGUGCCCCUUCCAUCGAACGAACUUUUCCAUCGUGGUCAGAUGGGGACAGUUUGAAAAGGCACUGAGCUUCUUAUAAAUUUUAAUCGAACAAUUUUAUUUAUUCGCUCAAACCUCAUCCUGAUUUUACUUCAAUCAGCUGAAGCAAAAAGUUUAGGUUCAAUGAAAAGAACCCAGCCCAGACCACCCCGGCGAUGGUCACCGUAUAUUUAUAGAUGGCAUAUUUUUCUAUCGUUCUAGGUUCCUUAGUAAAGCGAAUGCUUGGUCAGCGACGUACUGCAGAUGACGACACUGAAAUGAACACGAUGAGCUCGUCGGACUUUUUCAACAGCUACCCUGCUCUACGCAAAUUCUUCCUUUCUCAUUUGCAAAAUACACCGCGGUCAGCUUACAGUUCCUCUGCGCAGUUUUUUAAUCUGUCCAAACCAGAACUGUUUCCCAUUUUGACACUUCUGUCAAAGCUUUAUUCGUACUCUAAAUUUAACGAAAGGUGAGACAAUCGUCGAGUUUUCAUUGUGACUUAAAUGCUCUGGAAUUUAAGUAUGACUGAGGCAAUUAAACGUCCUUUUAAAAUGUGUGUCCGAGGCUUUCAAACUUAUGUGAGAAUAGGUGGUCGCCGAAGGAAUAAUCUGGUUGAGUGUAUUCGCAGUUAAUCAAAAUAGUACCCCUGGGUUGGCUUGCAGAGCAAGCGUAAUUUUAAGGGUUUUUUUUUUUUGGGGUUAAAAAUACUUCUUGACGUAAAUUUUCUUUGUAAAGCAAUUUUCAAUUGAAUUUCGAAAGUAAUCAGGGGUUGAAUUGGAUUUACUUUACUUUGCCAUCUGAUUGCCUCAGAAAAAUCAUCCCCACCCAAAUGCACAACCGAAACCAAUCGUGACUUGGUCAUUCGCGUACUCCUGCGCUUCAGACAGUUUUGGUUGUUUGAAUUCUCAUUGGCUCCUUGCUCUAUUUCCUUUGUUCAAAUUAGCCGUUGUAAUAACCUUACGAAACUCAACUUACAGUGGUUGGUUGGUUCUAUAUAUUCUCCCAUAAAGAAAUGUGUUUAAGGCGAAUCCAGGUAGAUGUGCGUCACCAUCCACUUGAGCCAUGUAUCAAUUUUUUUUUCUGGUUUAUCAGUUCAGCGAGCCUUUUGCCGGAGUUUGUUCCUCACCUGAUGUCGUUGACUUCAAGCCCAUCGCACACAGAACGUGUUAUUGCAGCAAAGGCUCUAGUUCCGUUUAUUCCCCGUGAAAACCUGUUGAACAGGGUAGAGGAACUGGUCAGGCUUCUUCCAAGUCCAGAGUCGACUCAGGGUUUUUCGCAGAAUGUUCUUCAUGGGAUUUUACUCCAAAUUGGCGCCCUUCUUGAGGUUAUUCCAUGCUCUGCAUUUGCAGAAAGGGCAAGUGGUCUUUUCAAGGAAAUGUUGAAAAAGUCGUGGAUAUGUUCCUUCAGAAAUCAUUGUCCCUUAACGCGAGCUGCCUUCCUCAAUAUUGUGAUGAAAUAUUUUUCUUCCUUCCUUAAAGACACCGAACGAGGUAAAUGGCGUCGUUUGUAUGCCUUGUUGAUUUGAAAUCAUUGUCCCUUAACGCGAGCUGCCUUCCUCAAUAUUGUGAUGAAAUAUUUUUUUUCCUUCAUUAAAGACACCGAACAAGGUAAAUGGUGUCGUUUGUAUGCCAUGUUGAUUUGAUUACACAGUAAUAAGUACCAGGCAAGCUCAACAAGCCUGAUUAUCUUUUUCCAGACGUUAAUUUACUGAAAUCAGUGGCUUUGGAGAGUUUAAGAGAACCUACCGCUGAGGUUGUUCAUCCAUUGCUUUGUGAGGCACAAUGGCAACGUGAAGUAGUCAGGGCGUGUAUCCAUUUUGAGUUUUAUUACCCUCGGUCAGAAGGUAAGAGGAAAAAAGUUUUGCAUCUUUGGCCUUAUAAUAAGAACAGUUUAGUUAAAAGGCGUGUUGGGCUGCCACUUCUUUCCUCAUAUUUCCGUAUUCUGUCGUGCAUGUCAAAACACCCAUAGGGUGAUACAGUUGUGCUACCAUACUGACAUUGAAAUGCUGUAGCCGAAUUUUAGAGCAUGAUUCUCAGGAAAGUGUGGAAUAUAGGACCCAUUUUAGAGAAACACCUCUGUAAUGAUGUCGUCAGAAAAUAAUUUGUCAUGAAAUGCCUUAAUGAUGUUAUGCACCAUUCACGUUCUAGUCAAGUUAAUGAUAAAAUCCCAAACACUUUUGUGUUUUUCUUUUGUCUUUGUCUCAAAGAACGAAAAAGUCAACUAUCCCAACUCAUUUUGUCAACAAACAAAGAACGGAGAUUUGCUGCUUUGGAGUAUUUACUCAACGAGUCAUACAAAAUUUCAGACUCAGUCCUUAGCGAUCUUGUAACUCUUUUAAUCCACGAAACGGACCAUUUCUGUCUGGUGUCAGCUCUGGAUCUCUUUGUGAAAGUUUGUGCCCAGUCCGAUGUGUCCUCUCCGACCUACGCUAACGUAAAAGAACUUUGGAACAAGCUGACUUCACUAGCUAAGAAGUCAAGAGGGGUAACUUUGGCUGGUAAAGCAAUUCCUGCAUGCAGUCUGAUUCUCAGGCAAACCAUUAACAUGAGUGUCUUACCAACCAAUUCAUUGGAGUUACGCGGAAUGUUAAAGCAGUGGCGUGAGUUGAUUCAAACAAACUGCGACUGGGAGCAAGAGGAACUAUUAAGACAGGGCACAGUCCAGUCUCUGAAGCUAUGCGGUGUUGCAAUAUUGAGCUUUGUGCUGACAUGUAAAGGAGAAGCUGGCCUGCUCAAAUAUUUGUAUGUAAUUGAGACAGCCACAAGGUAAGGCCUUUUAUUAUUUUCAGUUUAUUUUGUUUCAUUUUAAUAUUGUGUUGGUUUCUCUUACAACAUAAAGGAAAGUGGAUAUUUGUGCCUUUUCAGUGUGCUUAGUUCAACUCUGUGUUUGCUACAAGACGAAGACGAGGAAAUAAGAUUCAAUGCAGCUGAGUUUGUUGCCAUGAUUGCUGAGCCUACGAAGAGCUUAACGUGCUCAGCGGCUAUGGAACGUGUCUUUCAGUUUAUGGCGGACCAUGUUUGGUCCAUUCCCGGAUGUUGGAUGAUUAUGGAAACCAUGAUAAGGGGAUCAAAGUCCACUGCAGAAGUAUUAAAAGAUUACUUGGGAGCGAGGUACGAUAACUUGAACAUUUUCAAUAUUUAUUACAUCUAUUUUUAAAUCACUGUUGAUCCUUGCCAUCUGUAUGGCUCUAAUCCGUGCGGAUUUAUUCACGAAUGGCAUUAUUUUUUCCCUUAAUAAUACACAUGCAAAAUUUAGCAUGCUCAUUGGCUGAGAACACGUCAAUUAAUCCAAACAGGGUAGAAAGUUGAAAUUCAGUGCAGAAAGUUGAAAUUAACUUGAUUGACAGGUAAGUCGCGAAAGCACAACAAAGCCGUCGACCGAUACACAACAGAGAAAGAAUUAAAAAGUUCAAUCAUUCUCUAGAGAGGCUUUAAAAUUUUGAUGCCUGACUACUCCGGCAAAAACUGAGGAAAAGGCAAGUAAUUGAGCUGGUGAGCCAUAACACGAAAUAAAGGCAUCUAAAAAAGGGAAAAACAGAAUGAUAUUUUGCUUGUAUAUCGUUAAUUAGUAAUCACAUGAUUUUUCUCGUACAAUUUGGAUUAAAUUAGCACUCGUAACUUUUUAAAAGACUACAAUGGCGCUUUUUAAUUGAAAAAUUGACUCGUACUGACAUAUAUUGCGGUCGAAAUCAUGUGAUUAUCUAUACAAAUCGCAUCUUUUUCUCAACGAACGAGAAAGCAAAACUAGCUUAAACAACCAAUCAGAUUUCAAGGCUUGUUUAGAUUGACUAAUUAAAUUUCAGGAAAAUAAAAGCCCAAAAUGCCAUCGUGUGGCCUAAUCUUCACAAUUCAGACAUUCAACUACGUCAUCCAUAUACUAUGAUGAAAAUCGAAUGGGAUCAUUGUCGAGUUUUAAGUAAUUUUUGAAAGGGGCGAUUGUGAAAGGCAGGAAUAAAACAAAUAAAUACUUUUGUUCACUGUGGAUGUUUACUAUUCUUUUAAACACUUUACAACUUUUAAAACGUGGAGAAUGGGGAGGGGGGAGGGGCGGCGGCUACAUUAGCGGCUUGUGUCCUGUCUUAAAGCAGAAAGUACUACAGGAGCUAAAAAGUUUCGGUAACUUAAGCUGGAUUCCCUUUUAGUAUGAAUCAAGCAUAGAUCGACGUGCACUAGCCUAUGAAGGGAUUUAUGGAAAAAGUGUGACUACUUAUGCGAAUCUUUCAUCAGUUUAAGGAAAAACUGUGAUGCUCUCUAGAGAAUUCCUAGAAAUUGUAAUUUCAAUGUACUAGGUAUAUCUGUAAAUAACCUGCUUUUGAUCGCUAUCUGUAGACUAAUGCUGUUUGAGCAGGAGGACGCUAAUUUAUACGCAGAGCCAGUGAUUUUGGCAACAAUGGUGGUCAAAUACUUCAAGGUAAAGAAAAUAUGUAAACACAGUCAUCUUCCAAAUAAAUGCCCUCUAAUUUUUUUUUAUUUUUAUAAACCUUACACUUUUUAUCCAUUACAAUUCUGCGUAUUAGUGCGAUCGCAAGCCGUUUGAGAGUACAUACAGAUAUUCUUUCGUAGUUUAAACCUCCUUCAACUCUUUUAGUUAGGUGCAUUUCUUGUUCACAGCUUCAAAGUAAUCAGCUAACUAAAUAAUAUACAAUUUGUGAUUGGUAUUUGAUCUAUUCGAGUAUUGACCCACAAAUAACUUCGUACAAAAAUCUUCCUUCGACCAUAUGUUAACGAGUGCAUAUUAUUCCGGAUUUAGGGAAUGUCAGCGCUGAAACGAAGUAGUUUCCAACCGCGAAUAACAAGGUCUUUGCAAAUCAUUUCCUGGUUAUUUUUUUUCAGCGUGUAAUCAAUAAGUUGCUUGGAACAAGAGAGAUCGAUUCAAAUGAAUAUUUCCACAACUGGUUUAUUGCGGGGUGUAACCAACUCACCAAAGACCUUCAGGAACUGAAAGAUUCAGGUUUGUCAAUACUCCUACUUCCCACUUAUACACUCAGGUCAAAGACGGUAGUUUUCAUUGAAUUUCGAUGAGACCUCUUUCAACCUCGUUACCUCUUCGAAUGUUUUGUGUAAUCAUGAAAUGAUUUCCGUUGUAUUUUUUGUUGCCGGCCUCCUUCUUGGACCGUCUUUGAAUUUCCUCGUCGACUUUGAUUGACUGACUUCCAAAGGUUUGUAACUAUGCUAGUGUUUGGUCUUUUCACACUCGUCAUUUUCCCUUAUGGAAUCAGGUUCCUACCGGAAAGUAUCCUGUAAUUCUCAGUUUCUUCUCGCUUGUGGCGUUGCAAAACUGUGCACUUUCGCGGUGUUUGUAAUUUUCACAAAGGUUAAGCAAAAUUUUAUUGUUUUUCUAAAUUUCAUCGUUUCUUUCGUACGUCUUUAGACAUGUCUCCAUAUUUUAUCAAAAUUCAUCCCAUUUAAGUCUAUCCAAUCUUGGUCCUCUAGCAUGUCGCUCGAUCCUGAUGACUUGAUUUUAAACAGGAAACAAUAUUGUUGUACAUGUAUAAUGGCUAAGAAAGACAUAACCUCAAGAAGAAAUUCAGAUGUUAUUGUACGUCAAUAGGUUCUUUGUGGCUAAUUGGCAGGCUCGUCGCGAUAUGAUAUGUUAUUCCUCGCUACUUGUUUGCCUCAUUGAAUGCUUCGGAGAUUAUCUCUUGUAUUAUCUACCUUUAAUAGAGUAUAUUAGACUUUUGGUAAAUCCUACACUUCCUUUCUUUCUCUCUUCACGUCGAUGUAAACUGCAUAUGGCUUUGGAAGACCUUUUUGUGUCCUGUCGCAAGCUUGAUGCUAGUGCUAGGAAAAAAAGUCUUGGUCGCACGAGGAAACGAACCUCAGACCUCCAGAUUCCUCCGAUGCUCGACUUCUAAACUACAAAAAAGUCUAAUAACCCAUUCACACCAAAGCUUAAAUAUGUUUUCAGGCGAUUUCGUUAACCACGGUUGAAAAUGGUUUUCUUCAUAGGGGUUUUUUUGAGAUAAUUAAAUAUAGAGAAAGGUGGGGAUAUUUAUUCUUUGUCUUUCAGUGGCGAUAAGGCGGAAAACAUCUUUCUCUGUUUUUUUUACCACUUUCAAAUUUCUAAAACGAAGUUAGUAGCGGAUUCGACGAAAUAAGACCGAUGUUGCACCACAUUACUUCAUUGGUCAAACGAGACUGAGCAUGCUUCAGGAACUAUUUAAUUAAUACCCGGGAACCCAGACGUUUAUAUGAAAUUGUAACACUGACUACGUAAAGAGAUCCUAAGAAAAAACCUGACUUUCCGAAAAUUUUCCUCAAAUGUGCUAAAACCCGGAAACAGAGGGCGCCCAUAUGCUUCGUAGCGAGCCAUUUACUUGUGGCCAGUCUCGCUUCUCUUCAGUUCUUAUCUUAGCGAUCUGUUCUAAAUAGUAGGAGCUACUCUAAAAGGCACCAUUGCUUUCAAAACAAAAAAAGGAUGAGCUCUAGUUGUUAGCGAAUCACGCUAUGUGGGUUGUGCUUGUGUAGUCAGGCUACUAAAUUAUUUUUUCAACAUGGCGGCGUCCAAAGUUUAAACGGUAGUUUUAUUGUUUGGAUUGUUUGUUUGGUAAUGUUAUUGUUUGGAUCAUUGUUUGGAUUUGGACGAUGCCGUAAGUGGUGAAUUCAAACUUUGUUUUGGUAGGGACUUUAAUUGUUUCUAUAGCAUGCCUAUCCUAUGACGAACUUCUGUUUCAUCAAGUAUCAAUUAUUUUACUCCUAGGUAUAAAGGAAUGUGGCUCGCUCUCUAAUCCCAAACCUUUUAUAGUACGAUUUCGUAUGAUGUGCAUGGCUGAAGUGCUUUGGUUUGCUGUGAACAAUGGUCUGAGGAGUGAGUGCUGCCUGUCUGUAAUUAACGCUGUCGACGAACCUUUGGUGAAUAUGUUAGAGGAGAUAAUCCAGGUAACCUUAAGAAGUGAUCAAAAUAGUAGGGUGAAGGGAAUUACAACUGAAUGCUUAAUUUAAACGUUGAGUGAGGUGUGCAUCUCGCCAGAAUGGAACUUCCGCGUUUAAUUGUGUUUCCGUGGUGAUGUCUCCUUCAUGUCAUUCCCUUGAGAACACACCAGGGCCAGACCUAGCCAGACUGUCUGAGAGUUAAACAGUCCCGAAAGAUUUUAAAAUCAUUAACCAAUCUACGCCAAUCGUGAUACAUAUUUUAAUUUUAAUUUUUUAGUAUUUCAACUAAACUACCUUUCCACUCUCAGGACUAGAGUAAUUGUAUAAAGCAGAUCUGUCUUUACUUCUGUAAAUUUAUACAAAAUUACUUGGAAUGCACAUCAAAAUAAGACUCAUUCCGUGCCCUGUACACAUCUUAUAUACAAUUAUUGGCACGCAAUAUGAGGUCGCAUAUUUGUCCUUGGACAUUGUUUGUUUCGAGAGUUGAAUAGUUUUCCUAGAGCUUCGCUUUCCGGAAGCUGUUCACUUCCCGGAACUGAUAAUGUCCAAGGGAAAAAAUACGGGCGUCUUUUCGCGUCAAAUGGAGGCUUCUGUGUUAAGUGUUCUCUGGUGCGACUUAAAUAUAUUCCUUCUUCUUUAACAACAGCAAAAAACUCUGUUAUUUUGAAUUACAUUUCAAAUAAGACUUUAAAUCAUAUUGGACGUAAAAUUUGUCAAUUCGGGAAUAUCACACAAUAUUUUUGUUUUUAUGACUGCUUUUGUUUUGUUAGGUGAAGGAUGCGGUUCACCCAUGGCUCACAAAAUGUGCCAGCGACUUGUUAAUAAUUGUACGAAAACCAAUGGAUAGUGACUUGUCAUAGUAAAUCUUAUGUUACGGAACCGUUUUCAUCCCAUCGUUACUUUUCCUAACUUGAAUUUUGGCUCGUAGUAAAUCGUCGUUUUACCUGAUAGCACUGUGUCCUCUGUUUCUAUCUACAAUACAAGUACGAGGCUUGGUGUGGAGUAGCGUUGCCCGAUCACAUUUCUUUCCAGUUACUGGCUGAUCAGAUUUUUCGCAUUAAGAUCAAGAAAGUAAAUCCAGGCGAUUCAAUCCUUUAAUGAUCUCCGAAGAUCAAUUUCACUGAGUAAUUUGGUUGUGACUGGCUCGAAUGAGGGAAAAGUAAAGGAGCGUAGAGCAACGACGUCUAUGGGAACUACUGCUUGGUAGAACAAUUAUUCAGAAUCCUAAUUUGUUUUGUAAUUUCAUCUCGUGUAUGAUUUCGAUUUGUUAUAUCUUCUCAAAGGGAUACAAACACGAGAGCCCGUAACCAUGUCACCGCAUCACUGUUUUUGGCGUUCUGUAGUUAGAGGAUAUUGAACAUUCCGGAUACAGUAGCAAAUGGUAAUCCUUACUAGUGGUAUUUAGAAGAUACAAAACGCUGCACUGUAUAUGACUCUCAUCUACUUAAAGAACUGGUGUUGUAAAAAAAAUAAAUAAGAAGGGUCAUUUUGAUGCGUAAAUCUAGAAGGGAUUUGCAAUUACUUGAUUAGAACUCUGGAUUGCCUUUAUCCAUUAAAAAGAAAAAAUUAAAAGUGCCU